CUUCGUAAGUAUGCUGUCUCGAAUGCGCGCGCGCUCGCAGCGGUUCGGGCGUACCUUGCAGUGGGCGACAGCAGUCGCGGUCUUCUUCUUGCCGAAGCAUUGCACGGAUUGAGAGGCCAUUGUGGGCGACUGUGGUUAGUACGUGCGAGGUCGUGGGAGGUGCGGGCGGUUGACGUUCACGAGAAUCUCGAAGUUGUGCGAACGCAAAACCCAACUGGAAGCGAAUUCGAGUGUGGGGGCCCGUGCGCUGCGCUUGACCGCAAACUCCACUAGCUCAGGACUCCACGCUUCGAACUUCCGGCGAACAGCACUUGGCAUUGCAACAACUGUUCAGCCAACAUGCCGCACGACCUCUACGUCUUCGGUAGCAAUGGAGAAGGCCAACUCGGUGAAGGCAUUCCUGUCGCAGAUAUUGUCAGCAAACCGACAAGGCUCCCACGGAUAGUUGCCUCACGGGACCUCUUUGGGGAUGUGAAAGAGAUCACGUGUGGCGACAAUCACACGCUGUUUCUUUUUACCGAUAGUUCGCUUGCAGGUGUCGGACAGAACAAUGUCGGCCAGAUGCUCCCAGAUUGUGAAGGACCGAUCCGCCUUACCCGUCUUGAGCAAUUGCAUGAGAACGUUCACUUUUGUGCAGCUACCUGCGAAUCCUCGGCUGUCAUCAACACCAUGUCUAGUGUGCGUAGCGCCAUCCUUACCAAAGGACGCGGGCAAUGGGGAGAACUCGGUCGAGGAGAGGAGUGGAAUAUGAGUGAAUACAAUUUCUCCGAUCCGCAUUACCUCAAGGAACGUUUGCCUGGAGUUACGAUCGAUUUCGCUGCUGGGGUGUGGCACUACGUUGCUAUCCAGGACGACGGCUCCGUAUAUGGCUGGGGCAAAGCUCGUCUCGGUCAGCUGGGCGAGAAGCUAUCCGACAAAGUCACAACGCCGACCAAGAUCGAGGAUGUACCUUUCAGGCCGUUGAGAGUAGUUUGUGGCAAGGACUUCACCUACCUAGUCAGUGACCCUUCCACAGGUGAGCAUAAAGUCCUUGGCAAGGACAAGUUCAACAUCGUUUCGGCCAUGCCACCCGACGUGAAAGGCUACAAGGAUAUUGGAGCAACGUGGCACGCCAUCUUCGUCCUCUUCAACGACGGACGACUGGCUGCCUGGGGCAAAGAAAAUCAGUGGAAGCUCUUACCCCCAGGCUUGCCACCUAUCGAUAAAAUCGCCGUUGGCACCGACCACAUCCUAACAGUCACCAAGGAAGGCAAGCUCAUAUCAUGGGGUUGGGCCAAGCAUGGCAACUGUGGUGAUCUGUCCAAUGUGCAGCAAGAGAUUAAGAAUGACAUGGUCAAUGGUUUCUGGAACGAGAUUGACAUACCCGGCAAGAUCACCAAGGUUGCAGCCGGCUACUGCACAAGCUUCGUUAUCACGGAAGUAGAGGAAAACGAGCCCAGCCCCAAGAAGACGAAAGCGGAGAAAUGAAUAGUAGACAUCAUCCACC